AUGAACAAUAAUCGUAGGAAUUUUCGAAACGUUGGCAACCAUGGGAAUCAAGCUAAUCGAGGCAACAAUGGGAAUCAAAUGAAUAGAGGUAAUGGUGGGAAUCAAGCAAACGGAGGAAAUCAAGGUAACAAUGUCAACCAAGGAAAUCGAGGAAAUCAAGGUGGUCAAGCAAGAGGACGGGUGUAUGCUAUGGGAGCGAAUGAGGCACGUGAUGACCCUAAUGUCAUCAUAGGUACGUUUCCGUUAAAUAAUGUCUAUGCAUCCAUGUUGUUUGAUUCUGGAGUUGUGAGAAGUUUUAUUUCUUUUGAAUUUAAAGAAUUAAUUGAUAAGAAACCUAGUGAGCUUGAUGAAACAUACUAUGUUGAAUAUGCUAAUGGAAACGAGUAUAAGACUAAGGAAAUUAUCUCUGAUUGUAAGUUAACUUUAGAUGAGAAGGAUUAUAGUAUAGACUUGAUUCCCAUAGAAAUAGAAAGCUUUGAUGUGAUAGUAGGAAUGGAUUGGCUGUCAAAAAUGCGUGCUGAAAUACUUUGCCAUGAAAAGGUAAGGAAAUAUUUACGUAAAGAAUACCACGCAUACUUGGCACAAGUGGUGGAUAAACUAGUAAAAAUUAAGGACCCUCACAAGGUGACGGUGGUUAGGGACUUUCUAGAUGUGUUCCCUGAUGAACUACCUGGACUUCCACCGACGAGGCAAGUGGAGUUUAUGAUCGAUUUAGUUCUCGGGGCAGCCCCCGUAGCUAAAGCACCGUAUAGGUUAGCGCCCUCUGAAAUGCGAGAACUCUCUGAGCAAUUGCAAGAAUUGCUUGAUAAAGGUUUAAUCCAACCUAGUUCUUCGCCUUAG